AACGGCCUCGUCUCACCUUCUCUCUCGCACCCGCAAAAGCUCAAACCCCUACACUCGCACACCGCACCAGCGAUGUCGGCGGCGGCGAAGGCGAAGGCGAGCGGCGGCGGGAGGCGGGGAGGAGCCAAGGACCCAACCGACGCGCUCCGCUCCGACAAGAAGCGCCGCGACAUGGACGACUCCGACGACGCCGAGCUCGACAGUGACAUGAAGGAGAUCGUGUUGCUGCUGCGCCAGAUCAAGGACAAGGCUCACAAGGAUGGCCAGAAGAAGACCGAGCAAACCCUCUCCAGUGUUGCUACAGAAAUUCAGACUAUCGUACAGGAUGCCAAGGGCAAGUUUGAGAAGGAAAGCAGGCAAAAUUAUCUGAAAGUUCUAUCAAAGACUUCAAAAGAGUGUGAAGGUUUACUGAAGAACGAGUACACCAAGUUUCAAGCAACACAUGAUAAAUUCUGCAAAGAAAAAGCUGCACACAUGCAAACUCUCAAAGACCUUUUCUCAAAGUUCGAAGAUGCAAAGGAGAAAUUACUUAUCCAGUAUGAACUGCAAAGGAAGAAGGAGAAGGCUACUCUGUCUGAACUCGAGAAAACAUUUUCAGAGAAGAUAACUAAUGCAGAAGAAUCUCUGAAGAAGAUGAAGCAGGAUGACAAAUCCAUUGUCAACCUUCGCAAGUCCAUUGGCUCAUUCCUGGACCCGGAUGAUGAGUUUGGAGCAGACGAUGACUGAAACUGCUGUUGCCAAAAUGGUCCUUUUAGAACGCCGUGGAUAGUAUUUGAGAAUAUCGAUAGUAUAUAUAUGAACAGAAGUUACAAAGUUCUGUAGAGAUUUGGUAGCAUCAUACAGUUAGGUACCACAUCAUCCGUUAUUUUGUUUUAAGUUCAUUGGGUUAGGCGGUUCCAUCAUCUGUUUUAAAUGCAUCUUGGUCGAUUCAACAGCAAGAGGCUCAAGAUUGUUUAACCUCUUUGGCCUGAUUUUCCUUCUUAUAUAGGAGUAAGUCAUAACCAGUAGCUCGCUAAACUUACUUGUCAAUAUAUUUGUAUAUUUGCAACAAAUUAUUCAUAUACAGUAUCAGAUUUGUAUAUCAACAGCAUAGAAUUGCAAUGAAUCUUCCUUCUAA